AUGGAUCAAUUCGGACUUUUAUCUCUUGAAGAUAACGAUCAUGAAGAUAUCAAGUUGAAUUCAAAAAUUUUAAAUCUUUCGUUAACAGAUACAAAUACAAUUCCAGAUUAUGAUCAUUCUCGAAAUAAUGAAAUACUUUUGGAUAAUGACGUUAUUGUAGGUCUAAAAGAAAUGACUAGAAAUUUCCAUUUAGAUAAUAAUAAUAAUAAUAACGAUAUUAUGCCAGAACCAAUGGAGAUAGAUAUGAAUAUUGAUUUAGAGGACCUACAAACUGUGGCUCAGGAAACCCAAUCAAAUUCUACUAAUAAAGAUAAGCAUAUAGGUUUAAUAAAAGAUGAUAAUUUUAAUCUUGCUGUUGAUAUUGAAUCUAAAGAAAAGGUAAGUGAGGGAAAUCCACGAGAAAAGAGUAUUGUCGAUGACUAUUUAUCAGAAGUUGAGUCUGUUUAUUCUAAAGAUACCGACACAAAUAUUCAAAAUAGCCAAGCUCUCACAACAGUAUCUAAAUUAUUAUCACCCACUCAAUUAGGUGCUUCAUUAGUUACAAAUCAUAAUAAUAAUAAUAAUAAUAGAGGUAACAAUAAUUUUGAAUUAUCAUUAGAUAAUAUGAACUCUGUCAAUAAUAAUGUAGUAAAGAAAGAUAGUAGGAUGAGUAAAAUUAAGGAUAAUAUCAAUAGUAAAGAUAAUUAUGAUAUGAUACGAUCUAAUAAUGAGAUAUGGAAACAGUUAUUAACCGAUAAACAAUUAAUUAAUGUUAAUAUAAAUAAUCAUAAUUAUUUCCAUCCUGGAAAUCAUCCUGGUAUGGGACUUGUUAAUAAUAAUAAUAAUGAUGAUGAUGAUGAUAAUAGUGAUAGAAAUAAUAAUAGUAAUAGUAAUAGUAAUAAUUUAUUACCUUCACCUUGGUCACCAAACUCAACACCAUAUUUUAAGAAAUGGUACGAUACGAUAUCAUAUGUACAAUGGAUAUUAAAUUUUGGUUCGAUAGUGUUUGUAAUAUAUUUAAUAAUAUCUUCGAUGACAAAAGAUUUAAAAGCGAUAUGGUAUCAAAAUAAGUUAUUGUUGAUCAAUGAAUCGCAAAAUUGUCAACUACAAUAUAAUUUAAACAAUUGCGAUAUAAAUUUUAAAUUACCUGAAAUGUCAGAGAUAUGUCAAGACUGGUGGAUUUGUUGGCAUAGAGAUAAUAGCAAGUUGAUUAAGAAUAGAACUAAUUUAUUGAUUAAGUUUUUGAGUUCGUUGAUUAAUGAAUUUUUUACUGAAUUAAACAUAAAAACGCUUAUUGUGGCGGUGAUUUUGAUAUUUGGUUGGUUUUUCAUAUCAAAUUUUACAAUGGGUUUUAUUAGAGCCAAAAGUUAUUAUGGUAAUGGAUAUAAGAAACAGUAA